AUGCUACCACCAUCGGAUUCCCUUGCUCAUCAGAAUCUCAAGCUGGCUGAAGUCCUCGCUAGUAUUCAAAAGCAGACUGCUGCUGCUGCUGCUCCACCACCACCAUACGCUGCCACCGCAUCUGCUGCUACACCUGUGCACAGCAACAUCACUACACCCGAGCUGCUGGGGGGAUUUGAGGAUGACGAGGAAGACGAUAGCUUGUCUCUGGCCCCCAUUGUCAUCAAGAUUGAUACUUCCAUCUCUAUCGACGGGCAGAAUAACACUGUCACUAUCCCUUCAGCUUCCGAAGACAGUCACCCAGAUGCUCAGAACCCAGUAUCUUCAAUACAGCAGCUGCAGCUGCAGCAGCAGCGUCGACAGGCCAAGUCGGCUCAGCUAGCGUCUGCUAUCAUCUCAGCCUUGAAGUCCGCCGGUGCCUUGGAUGACCGGGAGACGGGCAGACAACGGCCGAUUGAAGUUGACGUCAACGCCGGCAUUAGAAUUAGGGGGAAUUCAAACAUGAUUUGUCCUGGUGCUCGUAGGAGGAGUGCGUCGGAUUUGGUCUCGGGACAGCCGGACAGGAAGCGUCGAGCACAGUCUGUAUGUUUCUACCCUUACUAUUACCCUAUCCUCGGAGAUAUCCAUUAA